AUGAGUCAUUGUAAAUUAACUCCCAAGCUCUCUAGCCAAUCUCCUACCCUUCAUACCAGCUUAAAGAUCCAGUCCAGAGAGCCACCUUUUAAGAAAGAAGACUUACUGAUUUCAAAAGACUCCUUGGAAUCUGAUUCAGAAAGCCUCACGCGAGAGAUUAAGUCCCAGUCUGAACUUGAAGACCAAACCCUGGACAACUAUAUGGAGGCUGACAGUUUAGAGGGAGCAAGCCCUCUGCGGGCAAGCCUGAGUGAGACAGAGGGGGAAGCCAGCUUCAGAGCAGCUCAGACAGAAGGCAGGGAAAUCCUCCACAGUCAGGACGAUGGUAUAAAAAACAGUCAACAGUCACUAGAAGACAAAUAUUCAGACCUCCGAUAUGACCCAAACUGGAAGAAUAAAACAAAGGAGGGCAAGUUAUUGGCUAAACACACAUUACCCGAGUCUAUAGACAGCUGUACAGAAAAUCUGCCUUUGGAACCACUCUAUCCUUCCAAGGAGACGUCGAUGGAACUCUCGGAGGAGAAAGGCAAACAGGAGGAGAGCCCACAGAGUGAAGCCUCUUUACUUGGUAGGGAAUUUUUAAGCCCAAACUAUGAGCGUGGCACCUACGGCAGCGAGCCAUUUUCUGGGCUGAGCGACAGUGACCUGGAAGCGAAGUCUAGCACCUUCUCUUGGUACUUUAAGAGUUCAAGUUCACAUAAUGAGGUUUUCCUGCCAGGAUCCCGUAGCCCUCGGCGGAGAAAGUCCAGACAACAUUUUGUGGAAAAAAACAAGCUGACUUUGGGAUUAUCCACUCCUAAAACAGACUCUUAUCUUCGACUUCACAACAAAAAGACGGGGGAACAGAUUCCUCAACCAGAACAGUUUUCCUACCGCAUCAAAGUAACUGCCAAGACGUCUAUUCAGAAUGCCAGAGAGACUGCGAAGGCUGCUGCCCGCCAUGAAGACAGAUGGCACGACGGAGCCCAACAGCUAAAGGAUUACCAGGAACACUGGUCUCAAUAUGAAACUGCAAAAUCAAGCAGUCUACCAAGAGGGCAGUCAUCUGAACCAACCAACGGCCAGCAACCUUCCAGAAGACCAACCAAGCACAAGAUCCAAAAACUGCAUAAACACCAGCCUGGCCUGAAGUCUUUGGUGACUGAAGAGCUGGUGGUCAGCCAAGGAAGCCAGAAAAGCACUCCCAGACAGCAACAAAAUCAAAAUAAGCCUACUGAUACUUCCGUAAAGCGUGAAACGAUCGUGAUCAUGAAUGCUCGCAAUGACCUGCAGUACUCACAUGCUCUCCGGAGCCAGAAUCCCAAAGUCACCUCCAGUAAAUGCGUUCCACCACCACAGGCUUCUGAUAAGGCAUUAUAUAAAAACUCUACUGAUUAUCACUUGGUGAUGAAUGGUAAUACAGAAAGAGGACAUAAAGACCAAGAAGAGAAAAGAUUUUCAUAUCAGCAGCCACACAUCAACACUCUUUCCAACAUGGACUUGAACUACGUUAAUGAACUUCCUAAGAGACAGGUGCCCCUGAGCCGGAAGGGCUUGCAUUCUGUGUCCAGCAUCAAUGUCAGUGGAUCUACUGAAAAUAAGAAGCAACCCAAACAGACUUAUUCUGAGACAAAGUAUAAGAAUUUAGAAAUAUUAUGGAAAUUCCAUUCUUCCUCUGACAGCUAACCUGUUGGAGCUUCUCCAGAUUCACAGCUCACGCAGAUUAUGGAGCAGCACCAGCGAGCCUUAAUGCACCUGACUGAGGGGCAGCCCAGUGAAGGGGCCUUAUCUGGCGUCACGUUUCCACCUAUAUUGUCCAGGGUAGAAAGUGAAUCCCACUUCAGUCCAGAGAGAAGCCAUAGAAACCAAAUGAAAAUGAGUCGUAGCAAUUCCAAAGGCUAUUACCUUCAACUGGAAAAAGGAAAAAAGCCUAGGAAAAGCAGCAGCAUUAAGAGUUCCAAGCUGAAAGAUUAUCAGAAAAGAGACGUGAAGCUUGGAGGCCUUGGACCUGACCUUGAGUCCAUCAGACACAAAAUGCAGAAGUUAAUACAACAGAAGGAAUAUGCCAAGCAAGUGAAGCAGAAUAACGUGAAGGCGCUCUCCACGUUGUCAAAGCCACAAACAGCAAAAACUGAAAAUAAACCUGCCAUCCCUCGGCAGAAGGCUUUGGAAUAUGCUAAGACCAUCCCCAAACCCAAACCUUCAAAUCUAACUGGUCAAACAUCAAAAGAAAAGAAAACUCCAACCUAUGCUGGAAAAGAAGACACUUCACCUGAAAUCUCCCUGCUGGAAAUACUGCAGAGCAGACACGAAAGGGAAAAACAGGCUGUUGCUGCUUUCAAAGUCCUUCACAUCGUGUAGACAAUAUGUGUGCAGGACACC